UUUCUUUUCUUGUAAUUCCCAUAUCCCCAAUUUCUCCUUUUCAUCAUCAUCUUCUUCUUCUCUUUUACACAGAAACAAUUCCCAUAAAUUUUCCACAGAUUUCGUUUCUGUUAGAUUCUCUCUUCUCCCCCCACCCCCCCAAUUUUUUUUUUUAGCUUCCUGUAUUUUUCCAUUUCCAUUUCCAUUUCCUUGUCAUUUCCUUUUUUUUUUUCAAUCUUUUCAAGAAUCCAAAACCCCUUUUAAGCUUUUUCAUUUCUCUUCAAGGGGUAAUUUUUCUGUAAUUUUGGUGCUAUUCAUUGUAUUAUUCUUUUAUUUCUUUACGAGAAAAAAGGGGGAGACUGUUGUUGAUUUUUUUUUUUUACUUGUUUUAAGUGUUUCCACAUAUAUAUAACUGAUAUUAGGCUUUAGGGUUUUGAAGAUUUUUCAUCUGGAGUCACCCAAAGAAGUCAUUUUUUGGUAAUUUUGUUCUUUGGGGUUAGGUAGAUUAUGCUGGAUCUGGUGUAAUUUCCAGAUUUUAACUUCCUGAUAAAUCAUAGGAGAAGUGAUUGUUAAUUGAUAGCUGUUUGGUUUAAUUUGGUUUUAUUCAAUCUUUGACUAUGGAUCAUGUGGUUGGUGGAAAGUUUAAACUGGGACGAAAGAUCGGUAGUGGAUCUUUUGGGGAACUUUAUUUAGGGGUAAAUGUGCAAACUGGAGAAGAAGUUGCUGUGAAGCUGGAAUCAACUAAAACAAAGCACCCUCAGCUUCAUUAUGAAUCAAAGCUAUAUAUGCUUCUACAAGGAGGAACUGGAAUUCCACACCUCAAGUGGUUUGGCGUUGAAAGUGAAUACAAUGCCAUGGUUAUCGACCUUCUUGGGCCAAGUUUGGAAGACUUGUUUAACUAUUGCAAUAGGAGGUUCACUUUAAAGACAGCUUUAAUGCUGGCAGAUCAAUUGAUUAAUAGGGUUGAAUAUAUGCACUCAAGAGGAUUUCUUCACCGCGACAUUAAGCCCGACAACUUCUUAAUGGGUUUAGGGCGUAAAGCAAAUCAGGUAUACAUCAUUGACUAUGGUCUUGCCAAGAAAUACAGAGAUCUUCAGACACAUAAGCAUAUACCGUACAGGGAAAACAAAAACCUCACAGGAACAGCUCGUUAUGCUAGUGUUAACACCCAUCUUGGAGUUGAACAAAGCAGAAGAGAUGAUCUGGAGUCUCUUGGUUAUGUGCUUAUGUAUUUUUUGAGAGGAAGUCUGCCAUGGCAAGGUCUGAAAGCUGGCACCAAAAAGCAGAAAUAUGACAAGAUUAGUGAGAAGAAGAUGCGUACGCCUAUAGAGUUGCUUUGCAAAUCCUAUCCCUCAGAAUUCAUAUCAUAUUUUCAUUAUUGCCGAUCAUUACGGUUUGAUGACAAGCCAGAUUACUCAUACCUAAAGAGGCUAUUCCGUGACCUUUUCAUUAGAGAGGGUUAUCAAUUUGACUACGUGUUUGAUUGGACUAUCUUGAAGUAUCCACAGAUCGGCUCCAGUUCAAGAGCUCGACAACCUAUUGCAAGAUUACCUGUGAAUCCGGGACCAUCCAUUGAAACACCAGAAAAGAUCCCUGUGAGGCAGGAAAUUAAAGAUAGGUUUUCUGGUGCUGUGGAGGCAUUUUCUAGAAGGAAUGUGUCUGUAACUGGUUUGCAAGGGGACCAUUUGAGACAUCACAGAUCGUCUGACGAUGUACCAUCAUCUAAGGAUGUGCAAGCUGAUGCUGAAAGAGGCCGUGUAUCUCGGACUGGUAGCACCUCGAGGAGGGCAGUAACGGGAAGCAGCCGGCCAAGCUCAUCUGGCGAACCCACUGACAAUCGCACUGGUCGCUUGGGUUCAAGCAGUGGCCGUAUUUCCACUACCCAAAGAGUACAACCUGGAUUUGAAUCCAAGUCGUCAUCUUUUACCCGAGCUACUGCAACAAGAGGGGGUAGGGAUGAUGCUCUUAGGAGCUUUGAGCUGCUAACUAUUGGCACUGGACGAAGGAAAUGAGGCUUUAUGAUGUCUAAUAUCUACCCCCUCACGGUACCAAAACUUUUACCGCUGGCAUUCAAGUAUGAUUUUCAUAUUUUUGAUAUUAGUCCUCAGCUAAUAUGAACUAAUCAUUACUGUCUUUUGUUGAUAGUUGAGCUGCAAAUUGAGCAGCUGUCUUAAGCACUUCCCAACAAGCAUGCACUGAUUCUUGCAAUUUAACAGACUUGCUAAACUUUCAAGAGAUAGGGGGGUAUUUCUAUUUUGCAUAUUUGAGAAUGCCUCUCUAAUGUGAUGUAAACGGGGACCUGUCUUGAAAAUAAAAAUAUUUCACAUCUGGUCAUAGCUCCCCUUUUUUCCCCUGAUGCAUGGCUGCUAUGCUUGCAAACGGGGAGGAUGCAGUGGCGAAAGUAAAUAGCUCAUGGUUAUGCAGUGUGGUUCUUGUGUCCAGGAAUAUUUUCAUAUACUUUAUGUUAAAUUUCUGCCUUCUAAUGUUUCUAGAUAUAUGUUUUGUUAUUAUGAACUCAUGUUGUCUUAUCACUUCUUGUUUCCUUUGCUUUGAUUACCGUAUUAUGUGUUGUUGCUACUA